AUGGCGAGAAUAACAAAGAGAAAGAAGGGGAAGACAGCAAGAGCUUCACGUAGAGGAUUGCUUGGUAUUUGUGCUACAACAAUUGGGAAGAAAAAAUCAAAGCAAUUUCAAAAACGUUCUGAAAAUCGUGAAAGCAAAGAAGAUGAACGCAAAUUGGAAAAUAUUUUGCGUGAAAAUGUUUCAUUAAAAGAAAAGCCAGCUGAACGACGACCUCCACAUUCUUUUAUUAUUCACAUUGGGAAAGUUGGCCCUUUUGUUAGACAACUAGAAAGGGACUUGAGAAGAGUAAUGAGUCCACAUACUUCUGGGGAAUUGAAGGUCAAAAAACGAAACAAUUUAAAAGAUUUUAUUGUAAAUUCGCAAUAUUUGGGUGUUUCACAUUUACUUAUUUUGACGAGAUCGGAGUUGUCUGUAAACCUUCGAAUUAUUAAAAAUUCUCAAGGACCAACUUUGCACUUUAAAGUGGAGAAAUAUUGCUUGGCCCAUGAUGUUUUAUCAACUCAAAAACGUCCCCCAAUUUAUGAAGAACUUUUUAAAAAUGCGCCUUUACUUGUUAUGAAAGGAUUAGCUUCAAGUAAUGAAAGACAUUUACAGUUGGUACAAACUGUUGUGGAAAAUAUGUUUCCUGAAAUUGAUGUUGAUAGGGUCAAAUUGGGAACAAUUAGACGAACUCUUCUACUUCAUUAUGACCCUGAAGAAGGCUUAUUUGAACUUAGACAUUAUUCAAUAAAAACAGUUCCAGCAGGUGUUUGUCGCUCAGCAAAAAAAUUAUUACAAAAUAAAGUUCCCGAUUUAUCAAAAUAUAAGGACAUUAGUGAUUUUAUGUUAAAGCCUGGACAACUCAGCGAUAGUGAAUUUGAAGGGGAGCAAGUAGAAUUGGAAUUAAAACAGGAUAUUGGAGGAAGAGGGAAAAAAGCUGGGCAGAAGACAAAAUUAAGACUAAUUGAAAUAGGUCCAAGAAUGACUUUGCGUUUAACAAAAAUUGAGUCGGGAAUUAAUGAUGGAGAAGUUUUGUAUCACGCUUUUGUUGAGAAGGAUGUGAAAGAACUUGCAGUAUUGAGGAAACAAGCACCUCUUUCAAGAAAGAAAAGACUUCGACACGAAAAACAAGUUGAACACGAAACAAUUCGUAAAAUGCGUGCCCGUUCCGAAAAAGAUGCUUAUUUUGCUGAACACAAAGAUAAAAUGGAAAAAGUAAUGAUUGAACGACAAAGAGAAGUGACCGGGAAUUAUACUUAUGGUGAUGAAGAUAAUGGAAGGGUUGAGGAUGUAGAAGCGGAUGACGAAUCAGAGGACAAGCCAAUAAAAGUAAUUAAUAAAAAAGUUGGAUUAUUAUCAAAAGGAAGACGGAAGAGAUCUACUACAAAAAAUAAUGUGAAUGAUAAAGAGGACUCGAGAGAAGAAAGGAAAGAAUUAAAAAAUGGAAAGAAUAAAUUUAAAAAAAGGGGUGGAAAAGGAAGUCGAUUUAAUUAAAAAUUCAAUUUUUAUUUUUUGUUAUAUUUUGUUUUUUCUUAAAUUGAAAGUUUAAAAAUUUUUGCAACAAUUAGAAGAUAAAAUUGGUGGUAAACCAAGGAUGAGGGCCCCCUCUAUCUUUCUUCCCAUCUUUUUCUAUAUUUCUAUGGUUUUGGCAAUUAUGUCAAUGGGAAGAAAAAUAAAGAGGCCCUCAUCCUUGGUUACCCAAAAUUGGUCCAGGGGGAAGACUACCCAUUUGAAAAUCAUCCAAAACCCAAGACUGCUAGUAUCGUCGAACUCCAAAAAUUUUAUAAAAUUUAUUAUUGAUCUUAAAAAUCUUAAAAAGUACAAGAACGUACCAAAAAAUAGAAAAACAAGAAAUGAAUAGAAAUUUC